AUGAAGAUUACAACGCACAAUGAACCUGGCAAAAAGUCAAAAGUAUUUGCACUGAACCCCAGGGCAACAAAAGGAGACGACGUCGGCGACAAAAGCAGUCACGAUCACCGAGUUGCCGCAUUAGAAGUAUGCGACAAUGUAGUGAAUUCUGCAAAUGACAGAUUUCAAUUCAAAGAUUAUUUGGUAGCCGCAUCCCUUUUUUUCCCCGAACACUUUGGAGAAUACUGUGUCCGCCGCUGCGUUUGCCCGGGGGUGGCGCUGCGUGUCGUCGCCGCCGCUGGGCCGCCCGUUACCGCGCCGCCACGAUCGACGGGGGCAGCAGCUACGCCGGCAGGAGCAGGCAGCAGGAGCACCAGCAACGAAGCUGAGGCGCAGCUGGCCAGAGCAGGCACAGCCAGUCGCAGGCGCGUCGCGAACCAGAGACAGAGCAGAGCAAGCUGCUGCGAGGAGUGUCCCGUCCCGUAUGAUUCUGAAAAGAGGAAUACAUGA